CACGGUAAUGGUGUUAAAGAGACAACGGUAACUGUAACUGUUAAGUUCAUUUCGCAGGUUGCAAGACAGAAAGGUGAAGGCGUAGAGGAUCGAGAGCCUAGUUCUCGCUCACAGGUGCAAGAGGAUCCUCGGUCGCAUCAUGACACAUGUGUCGUCGUCCCGUGGCAGCUUCCUCUGUCGCAAUGCAUUCGUUCAGCAGGACAACUUUUCUCAACCUGUUUGUCGUUUGCUUGGCCGUCGGAAAGGCGACCGCAUCCAGCAAAAUCUGCAGCUGGGAGAACAACAAGGAUAGCAGCAAAGGAGACUGCGCAGACGGAAUGGAGUCGAGCAAGCUGAAAUAUGCUCCGCCCAGCAUCAGCACGUCGCCCAUUGAGGUGCCUGCAAAGAUUCUCAUGGGUCCUGGCCCUUCGACACCUCACCCAAGAGUGCUUCAAGCUGGUGCAGCUCCCCUGUUAGGCCAUAUGCACCCGGAAUUUUUCCGCAUCAUGGACGACACGCAGGCAUGGCUCCGAUACGGCUUUCAGACCUCGAACACCGCCACUCUGGCGGUGUCCGGCACUGGCCACGCAGCCAUGGAGAUGGCAGUGGCCAACACAGUUGAGCCCGGGGACCAGGUGAUUGUUGGUGUCAACGGUAUUUGGGGAGAGCGCAUGACGGAUAUUGCUGCACGCUUUGGCGCCAAAGUCAUCCCAAUGGAAACAAAGCCGGGGACAGUCUUUUCAUAUGAGGAUGUGAAAGCUGCGCUGGAGAAGAACCCUGGCACCAAGAUUGUGUUUGUGGUCCACGGAGAGAGCUCCACGGGCACGCUGCAGCCGCUGGCCGGCCUCGGCAAGCUGUGCCACGAGCAAGGUGCCCUGCUUUUUGUUGACACGGUGUGCACCCUGGGUGGCGUCCCCCUCAACGUGGAUGCCGACGAGCUCGACAUUGUGUACAGCGGCAGCCAGAAGUGCUUGGGCGCCCCCCCUGGUGCAUCUCCGCUCACCCUCAGCGACAAGGCCACCGCCAAGCUGGCUGCCAGGAAGACCAAGGUCCAGAGCUACUACUUCGACUUGAACGAGGUGGGCCCCUACUGGGGCGUGGGGGGCGCUGCGCGCAAGUACCACCACACGGGCAUGGUCAGCAACGUGUACCAGCUGCGCGAGGCGCUCGCCAUGCUGGCCGAGGAGGGCCUGGAGGCCGCCUGGGCGCGCCACCAACAGAUGGCCGACAGGCUGUACGAGGGCCUCAAACAGUUGGGGUUGGAACUGUUUGUCGAAGAUCCUGCGGCCCGCCUGCCGACGGUGACCACCAUCAAGGUACCGAAGGGUGUCAAUUGGGCUGAUGUUCCAGCCUUCCUGAUGAAGAAGUACAAGCUCGAGAUUGCGGGCGGCCUGGGACCAACUGCGGGACAGGUGUGGCGCGUGGGCAUUAUGGGCUUCAAUGCUCAGCCACGGAACAUCGAGCUGCUUUUGGUCGCUCUGAAGGACGCUCUUACACAUGUUGGCUUUCUGAAAGACGAAAAGGUUGUCUAAGGUGCCGUCAAACCAACCGUAAAACGCCUUGAAGCCCCAGGUUGUGAAGUAAAUGCAAAUCUCAGCACAACACAACAUGCCCGCAGCCAGGACCGGUCAGCAAAGCAAGUCGCGAUGCAGGUGACCUUCAGGCUGCUAUUCUCUGAAGUAUGAAGGUGUUAUAUUCGCAAAGGACUAAAUGUGUGGCAGAAAGGCCAGAAAUAAUGGUUGACUCUUUUGCAAC